AUGGCUGGCGGCGGAGCACGCGCCUGGCAGCAGAAGAAGCGUGAUGGCGCGGGGCAGCCAACCAAUGCCCAGGAUGUUAGCGCUGGGCCGUCUGGCACGGCCGAUGUGAAUGAGCCCAAUGACGACGGCGGCCAAGAAGGGACGGUGGCACCUGAGCAGCGGCCGCCUGGACCCACCGCAGCCGAGGUGAGCGACCCCUGGCAGCAGGCGAUCGAUGACGGAUGGGGCGCCCCCUGGCAGGAGCACCCGUGGAACGAUGAUGGUGGGGGUGGCUGGAGAGACUAUCACAGCCACGGUUCUUGGAAGCCCGCCGGCCGUGACUGGCACAGCGGCAGCUGGUCACAAGGGAGCUGGGACAGCAGGACCUCCUGGCCGGCGGACGGGAUCUUGAACCGCAAGCAGCUCAGGGACUUCCACACGGCGGACGUCCCCAGAAUGGGGUCCUUCGGGGACCAUGGUUCCGGAGCGGCCGGAGACUUCGGCUCACGGCGGGUGAGCGCUGCCUUCCCAACGGUGUGGGAGCAAGACGGCGACGAUGGGUGGGGCGGCUAUGGCUGGAGCAAGGACCGCACCACCGAGAAGCUCCCCGUUCCCGACUUUGAGGGCGCAGGCACCGACGAGGCUGAGGUCGGCAAGGGUGCCAGGAGCUACAUAAGGAAAGUUCAGGUGUGGCUGCGCUGCACCCGGCUUCCGGCGGAGCAGCGCGCUUUGGCGUUGUACAACGCCCUUAGUGGGCGGGCCUGGGUGUACGCUGAAGAGCUCGACCUGGAUGUGCUGGCGUCUGCCGCCGGGGUUAGUUAUUACCUCGAGUGGAUUCAGACGCGAUUUGCUGAGGUCGAGCUGAAUAAGAUUUCGCAGGUCAUGGGCGACCUCUUCAAGCGCUUCCGCCGCAAGAGCGACCAGACGAUUCGGGACUACACGGUCGAAUUUGAAAGGCUCCUGUUGCGCCUGCAAGAAGUACAAUGCGAAUUGCCGGGCACCGUCAAGGCAUGGCUUUUUAUAGACAAAUUGCGCCUGAAUGAGUCUGAGGAGCUGGCCUUGCUGGCGAGUGUGGGCAAUCAGUGGAACUUGCGACUCCUCCAGCAGGCCGCUUUGAUGCAGGAGCGCACCCUGCGCAAGAGCAGCUCCGACACCAAGGGUGGAUGGCGCAGCGGCAACGGCGGCCCGGGGCGGUGGCCGAAGAACACUGUGCACAUGACGGCGGCCACGGGCGAGGAGAGCGAAAGCGAACACGAGGAGCAGCCGGAGCCCCACGAGUCGGAUGCCGAGCUUGUGCCCGAGGAGCUGGCGGUGGAACACCACACGGCCUACGUCGCCUACCAGACGGCCAAGGACAAGUACAAGGCCGCCACGCAGGGCAGGGGCACGGAUCCAGCCGAGGUGCGCCGCAGGGCUGAAGAGCGCCUACGCCAGGCAAAGAGCCGAAGCUUCUGCGCAGUGUGCAAGCGGAAGGGCCACUGGCACAAAGACGAGGAGUGCCCGAUGAAGGGCAAACGACCUGAGGCAACGGCCGAGCACAAGAAAUCGGCGAAUGAGUGCCACACCGUCCACAUGGUGUACAUGGCGGGCCCGGUGUGCGAGGACCACAGUGGCGACCUGGACUCCGAGACGGCCCUGGGCACCAUCGACCGCACGAUUCAGGACAUGCCGGUGGAGCCGGGCCACGACAAGAGCCGGAUCUGGACGGGCUCUACUACCAGGGCGGUGGCGACGACGGCACCGAGAAGGCCGCGCCGCGGCCCCCACGACACAGCGUGCACCAAGACCGUGGCGGGGCACUCCUGGUACGAGUCCUACUGUGAGCUGGCCGAAAAGGUGGGCUUCACACCAGAGGUGCUGGAAAUCACUGACAACUUCAAGUUCGGUGCCUCUCGGACCCACCGGUCACACUUUGCCGUGCGCGCCUGGUUUGCUCUGGGCGGGCGCCUCUUCCAGACCGAGGUUGCGGUGGUCCCCUGCGAGGUCCCACUUUUGCUGAGCCGCCCGGCCUUGAGCUCCCUAGGGCUUAUCUACGACGUCGGAGGGCAAAAGAUUUCUUUCACCAAGCUUUCGCUGGAGGACCUGCCUCUCGAGUACAGUUCCUCGGGGCACCCGGCCGUCUCUGUUGAUCAGUUUUUGGGCAAAGUGCCACCCGCUGACAAGGGGCGCGGCGACCUUUUGGUAUGGGUGCCACCCGCGGAAGCACAUAUGACUCAGGGCAGUGUGGCUGAGGGAACUCACGCCCAAGGGGCCGAGGUUGGUCGUACAACGGUGUUCUUCCCGAAGAAGGUAGCCCCUGAAGUGCACAAUAUGUUAGCCGAACCCUGGGGUCUUGGUGGCCAGAGCUUUCUUGUAUGGUGGUCGAGGGACUUUUGGCUGGAGACCCCCAGCGAGAUGAUCCGGGUACACGUCACGCCCCGUAAGCAUUUGUUCGUGCCCUCCAACUGGAAAACACAACAUGGCGAGUUGAAGCGCGCCCUCUUGAAGGUCUUGGGGCCCACCAGAACCACGGAGUAUAUUCCAUGCUUGAACGAGGGCGCAGUGCUGCUUUCUCAGUGUGACCAGUGGCAAGAAGCAUGUCCUGAGACCACUUGUGGAUUGUGGGUCGACCGCAGCCGCUUCUCGAAAGCUGCCGCGCACGCCCCUUCCUUGGACCUCGCGGCGGCGACACAUGGCCUCCGAGCUCCAGUCGGUAUGGAAAAUGAAGAAGGAGCAGAUCCUGGGAGAGCUCCGGGGAUACGGCGUGGCCUGCCACGAGCGCUGGACACUACCGGAAAGCCCCGUAUGAAGGGCAUCUCGAAGCUCACGCUGGGAGAGUUGCUGCAGAAGUGCCAGGAGUGCCAGGUGACGCUCCCUCCGAAGCCCACCAGAGGGGCUCUGAUCUCCCUCCUCCGCACGGCCAACCAGACGCCCGGCGAGCAGGUGCUGGCCUUCGGGAAGUUUCGCGGCUGGAUGUUCAAGGAGACCCCACCGGGGUACCGCCAAUGGGCCCAGGCCGAAGUGGCGGCCAAUGCGAACCACAGCCCGGAGUUAGCGAUGUAUGCUUCGUGGGCCGAGGCAGAGGACAAGCGUGUGAUCGAGAACUUGGCCGACGACCCCGAAGCGAAUCCGAAGGUGCCGGUGCCGACAGCCAAAGCUCUGGGAUUUGGUGGCGCCAGCAGCUCGGACGGCUCUACACGCUCGUGGCUGAAGGUGCGCAGGGCCACACCAAAGACGGUGACCCGCCGGCGCAAGAGCGGGGAGGACAGCAGCGACGAACUCGAGGCGGAGAUCCCGGAGGCAGCCAAGGAGGAGAUCGCGGCAUUGGAGGCAAAGCUGGCCGCCAUGAAGCAGAAGCACCGGCAGCCACCGGGGCCCGCAAAGAAGUGA